GUUAAAUAAGUGGGGUGGCUUUUUUAGGUUGCAUUUAACCUCGUAAAAGAAAGAAACAAGAAAAAAAAAAAAAGCUUCAAUGUCUUUUCUCUUACAGUCCUGCCUUUUUCUCAGUCCCGGUUGAAGAUUCCAUGGGAAAUGAGAGCACUAUUUUGUUUCUCCCUUGUAUUGCAGAUAGGGGGAGGAGGUGGUUAUUAGAGAGAAGCUCUUCCUCUCUUGGUUUCCCCCUCUCUCCGCCUGACAGCACCGCUCUCUCGCAGGCUCGCUCUUUCUCCUAGGUGAUCCAUUUCUAGGCAACGUGGGGCUGGUGCUGAAGCUGCCAGGCUCGCUCCUUGCUUCCUGCAUCCCGCCAGGCGAACCGCUCCAAAAGCAUCCUGCAACCCGCGGCGGCUUCCCUCCUCUGGCCCGGCCCCGCUGCUCGUGCCCGGCGCAACUCCCCCGCCACCGCGCCCCAGCAAACCGGCUCCCCGGGCCCGCCUCGCCAAGCUGCGUUCCGCGCCUCACGCAGAAAGGGAAUUUUCUCUGCAUUACUAUCUGCAUUACCUUGAAGUUCACUUUUUCUACCCCUCUUGGAGAGGGCUUUUUCCCCCCUCCCUGGUGGAAUCUGGCUGCUCCGCUUGGAAUCUCCUAAUCUUUCCUUUCCACUUAGAUUCUGGCAGCGAAGACCAGUGAUUCUCUGCGGGCUCUAGGGGCGGGGGCUGGGGUCUUCUUUGGUUCGGGAGGGUGAAGGGAAGGGGGCACAUCCGGUGUGAAGGGGUUGUUGGAAGUUGCUGCGGAGCUGGGACCUGAGACCCGCGGCCCCCGCGCAGCGAUGGGUCUGAUCUGAGCUCCAGCCUCUCCCGCUGCCCAAGAGCAGUCGAGGCUGGAUAUAUUUUUCAAAAGCCAAACUGCAAACAACUCUGGCGAUGCCAAAAUUCCCCUCCAAGUGACACGGCUUUGCGAAGGAGGUUUCCUCAGGCUGGGCUCUUUCUGUCAUUCCCUUCUGCCUUUCUCGGCGACGAUAAAAGGCUUUGCUCUGGCAAUAGGAAUUUAGAAAAAAAAAAAAAAGAAAACGCUGCGCUAAACUCCACCGUGACCUCAAACUCUUUGAACUGUUUGGAAAAAAAAAAAAAAAAGAAAAGAAAAAUUGGAAGAUUCUCCAAGAGAAUCGGCAUAAGAGGAGAUGGAAGUUUUCCCCUUGCUCUUGGUUUUGUCCAUCUGGUGGUCUCGAACCUGGGACUCGGCGAAUGCAGAUUCGAUCAUUCACAUCGGAGCAAUUUUUGAUGAAUCUGCCAAAAAGGAUGAUGAGGUGUUUCGCACAGCAGUUGGUGACCUUAACCAGAAUGAGGAGAUCUUACAGACUGAGAAAAUCACAUUUUCAGUGACGUUUGUUGAUGGCAACAACCCUUUUCAAGCAGUUCAAGAAGAAAAACCAGUUGUAGUUAAGAGAGAUCAUCUUGCAAGUUUCAGUCUGGUCAACCUUAAGACUACUUCAACACCAGUGUUGUUUACACACUGCUCUUUUAAAAGGUAAACAUUUUACUUUAAUAAAAUGAUUUCAAUUGGAUCUGCCUCAUAUAUCUUCUAAAAUAAUUACCUGUAUAUGAUUAUGCUUAUAAAACAAUAAAACUGCAUUCAUUUUUGGUUUAUGUUACCCAUCUCAUUUCUUUUAUAGUUAUAAAAAUACAUAAAUAUUUAUUUCAUGUGUGUAAAUUGAUGAUAGGAAAUUAGCACAAUCAGAAAAAGUGUAAGGAAAUAUAAUUAUGAAAAAGAACAUCUCCAAAACACAUUACCAGCCAUGGUGAAUAUUUCAGGUGUCAUUGAUUAAAUCUAAAUAGUCUAGUCCAAAGAAGAUGUAAAUAGAAUGAUUUAUGUGGUUGCGAUAUUUGACACUUUUUCUCAGGGAUAAGUCUCACUUAUAUUUCAUGUAUAUGCCUGCUGCUUUAAUAUGACAUUUUACUGUGAGAAAAAUCUGCUAAUUUCAAACUUCUUACACUGGAUUCUGCAAACUUCCUAGCAUAAUACUACAGUUUGUGUUCCCCAAAAGCCUGUGUUUCCUGGACCAAUUUUGAUAACUUCAAUUCCAGGUUAUUUUCUGAAUUGUCUGACAAUAAACUAAACUUGAGAAUUGUUGUCUGUGGGAGCUGAGAAACAAAACUAGGAAAUCAUGUAGGUCUGAUUCUAUUUAUUCAUUUUCAUUCAUUCAUUUGUUCAUUUAUUCAUUGUUUUCAUUCCUACUUUCCUUCCCACAUCAAAGUCAAGAUUGUGCUUUGAGUCCCAGUGUCCAUCCCAGUGCUCUGGUUAACUCUGGACCAUCUACAUGUGUGAAUGAAUUGGUAGAAGGAACAAAUCAUGCUGUGGAACGGCCAUCUCCAAACAUCUGCACAUCAGGAGGGAUACUGGAUGUCUAUUCAGUGACUAAAUCACGUGUUUUCCUCUAUGAGUGAAGAUACUUAGCUUGGUCCUUUCUCCAGCAAUCUCCUGCCAAAACCUGUAUUACUUUUUCUCUUUGCCUGUCACAUUCUAAAGACUGGUCCACAAGGUCUGGAAUUAGAAUCUAUCUAAUGUGUGCUCUUUAGUGUCCAUCAUCAAUGUAAUAUUAAAGUAUAAACAAUUCUAUGCUUGUUAGAGACAACACCAACAUGCAUUAAAAAAAAAAAAAAAAAAAAA